GUUCUGUGUUCCUGCAGGAGAACGGCAGCACACUUCUGCUCUCAUUCAUCACAUUUGCAGCCGCUCCCUGACGUAACUUUCUCUUAUCUCGUUUAUUUAAGGCUGUGUUUCCCUCUGGCUGCUGCUGAGAGCGCCUCGGUGCCGUGCAGUCAGCAGGGGGCAUGCACAGGGCUGUAAUAUUAAUAAAAAAGAAUGCAUUUGAGGAAAAGCAGCUGAGACGAACCUCCGCCGCUUCAGCCGCUCCGCAGAAACGCAAGCACGGCUGCGGCGUGAUGGAGCAGGGGGCUUAGCGUGCUUCAUGUGUCCGGCGGGACUGCCCCUGGCUUUUUUCUGGGGAACAUCAUAUUGGAUCAUAUUGUUUGCAGGACGUUGUUCCUCCUGCAGCCCCCCCCCAGUCUAUCCCGACGUAGUUGUGAAUUGAACAUGGCGACUGUACCAGUGUAUUGCAUCUGCAGAUUACCUUACGACGUGACCCAGUUUAUGAUCGAGUGCGACGCCUGCAAGGACUGGUUCCACGGCAGCUGUGUUGGGGUGGAUGAAGACGAUGCUCCGGAUAUCGACAUCUAUCACUGCCCAAACUGUGAGAAGACCCACGGCAAAUCUACGCUGAAAAAGAAAAAGAACUGGAGCAAACAUGACACGGGGCAAAGCACAGACAUCCGAGCUGUUCAGAACGGCAGUCAAGUCUUCAUCAAGGAGCUGCGCAGCCGAACAUUUCCAAGUGCCGAAGACAUCGUGGUGAAACUGAGCGGCAGUCAGCUGACCAUGGACUACCUGGAGGAGAACGGCUUCAACGAACCCAUCCUGGUUCAGAAGAAGGACGGUCUCGGCAUUUCCAUGCCUGCCCCUACCUUCUACAUCAGUGAUGUAGAGAACUAUGUUGGUCCAGAUGUCACCGUGGACGUCGUGGAUGUGACCAAACAGACCGACAGCCAGAUGAAACUCAAAGAGUUUGUCGACUAUUACUACAGCACAAACAGGAAGAAGGUUUUAAACGUCAUAAAUCUCGAGUUCUCAGACACGAGAAUGAGCUCUAUAGUGGAGAGUCCACAAAUUGUCCGGCGGUUGUCCUGGGUAGAAAACUACUGGCCUGAUGACGCCCUGCUCGGAAAGCCGAAAGUCACAAAGUAUUGUCUCAUCUGCGUAAAAGACAGCUACACUGACUUCCACAUUGAGUGUGGCGGCGCCUCCGUGUGGUACCACGUCCUGAAGGGAGAGAAGAUCUUUUUCCUCAUCAAGCCCACCUCUGCCAACCUGUCUCUGUACGAGCGCUGGAGAUCGUCGUCCAAUCACAGCGGGAUGUUCUUUGCCGACCAGGUGGACAGGUGUUACAAAUGCACCCUGAAGCAAGGCCAGACCCUGUUUGUCCCAUCAGGGUGGAUCAAUGCAGUCCUGACUCCAGUCGACUGCCUGGCUUUCUCCGGACACUUUGUUCAUAACCUGAGCGUGGAAAUGCAGAUGAGAGCGUAUGAAAUCGAGAAGAGGUUGAAGGUGAAGACUCUCACCCCGUUCCCCAACUUUGAGACAGCGUGCUGGUAUGUGGGGCGGCACUUACUCGAGCGGUUCAAAGGUUUACACAAAGCAAAUAAGCAACCAGCUCCUUACCUGAUACAUGGUGCCAAAAUCAUCAAUGGAGCCUUCAGAGCGUGGACUAAAAAGCAGGCUCUACUGGAACAUGAAGAUGAGCUGCCAGAAAACAUGAAGCCAUCACAGCUCAUUAAGGACCUGGCCAAAGAGAUCCGGCUGUCAGAGAAUGCAACAAAAGCCAUUAAGAGCGAACCAAGCAUCAAGGUGCCUGUAGAGGAACCAGCAUCUACCCACUCUGAGCCCGACGAGCCCUCCUCCCCAACACACAUCCCGUCACCCAGCAGAGAGAAACCCAAGAAGAAAGCCCCCAAACCUCCCAAGCCCCCAAAGGUGCCCAAGACUCCAAAGCCUCCAAAGGUCAAAGACGGAGAAAAGAAGAAAGUGAAAAAGACAAAGGAGUUGUCUCCGCCUCCAAGGACUUCCAGCUUUGCUGCCCUCGAGUCUCACGCAAAAGAAAUCUUGAGUAAAAUGGACCAGCAAAAAAAGCCAAAGGUUGUUAAAAACGUCCUGAGUGUAUGUGAGAAAGAACCAUCAAAGCAGAACAACAUGGACAAGUUUGAAAUCAGAGAACAGAACAAAAACAAGACAGAAGCUAAAUGGAAAUACAAGAACAGUAAGCCGGAUUCCUUGCUGAAAAUGGAGGAGGAGUGCAAGUUUGACAGAACACCGCUGUCAGGCAACAAAGACAGAUUCAGCUUUACUAUGUCUCACAGGAAACUUGCCAGCUCCAAGAUGCUGAAACCUCAGACCAACUCAAGUAUUUUUGGAUCGUUACAAAACCUAAAAGAGGACAAAACCAAGCCAGUGAGAGACGAAUAUGAGUACGUCUCAGAUGAAGGCGAGCUGAAGAUUGAUGAGUUCCCCAUCAGACGGAAAAAGAACAUUGUUAAGAGAGAUCUUUCCUUCUUGUCGGAUAUAAGAGAACCUCUCCAGCCAGCCAAAAAGCCAAAGUUCCAGCCUUUAGUGAGCAAGCAGAGCAUGGACUCCUCAGACGAAGAGACCUUGCACAUAGACACGGAGGCCAAGCCCGAGCUCAAGAGUCGCAAUUCUAAGGUGAAGAAAAAGAGUGGAAGUGCUGCAGGGAUCCUGGACCUGCUGCAGGCCAGCAAACAAGUGGGUGGGAUCGACUACAAUACCAACAGUCAGCCACCUGCAUCUCCCAGCACGCAGGAGGCCAUUCAGGGCAUGCUGUCCAUGGCCAACCUGUCCUCCUCGGAGACCUUGGAGCAGCCAUGGAGCAACAGCCAGUCGAAGAGCAACUCGCACGGCUCACAGGCGCACAAGAAGAGCGGCGCUGGGGCCGGCGGGAGCAACAACAAGCGGCCGACUAAAAGACCGCCCAAGAAACCUCGAAAAAGCAGCAGCAUCGAGAGCUUGGAUUAUGAUGAUGACGAGCAGGAUCACAUGGAUGCAUGUUUCAAGGACUCAGAUUAUGUUUACCCAUCGUUGGAGUCUGAAGAGGACAACCCUGUCUUCAAAUCGAGAUCCAAAAAGAGGAAAAGCAGCGACGACACUCCUUACAGCCCCACAGCACGAGUCGGACCUUCGGUUCCUCGGCACGAGCGACCAGCGAGAGAAGGGGCCCGCGUGGCCUCCAUUGAGACGGGCCUGGCUGCAGCCGCAGCAAAGCUUUCUCACCAGGAGGAGCAGCAGAGAACCAAGAAGAAGAAGAAAAACACCAAGAAGAAGAGCAUAGUAGUGGAGGAGCUACCAAAACACUCUCAGGACAGUAGCUCCCCGGAUCAUAAUGCGGACUCCCAGGACGGCAGCCUGACGGACCACGAGUUCAGCACCGGAACUGUCAAGUCACCAGGAGGGCCUCAGCCCAUGGCGCCAGGCAUCUUCCUCAGCCAGAGACGGCCGUCCGUGUCCUCUCCCAACAACAGCACCAACUCAACGAGCACCAACAGCAGCAGCACAGCCAAGGGGGACCGACUGGGCUCAGCAGAUGCCAAAGCUAAGCGGCUAAAGAAAGGCAUGGCAACAGCCAAACAGAGACUUGGAAAGAUCCUAAAGAUCCAUCGAAACGGAAAGCUCCUCCUGUAGCAUGCAGCAGACUGUUUAAGAACUGGGUCACAUGCCAGACUCACAACCUGCUCUCUAAAUAAAGCCAACAAGGGGAGAAUUAGGGAAAAAAACUAACUGAAACAAUAUGGGAGAGCAGGAAAAUCAUGCAUUUUUCAAUUUCUAAGAAGAACAUCACUCAGAUAGGUUUUUGCCUCUACUUAUACUUUAUAACUUUCAGAUAUUAAAGUGUACAGAAGCUAUUAUAAAUAUUUUUUAAGAGAACAUGUCUCAUUUUACUACAGCUGUCAUUUUAUCAGGGGUUGUUCAAUAGAAGUACAUUGCAGUCAUUCCAAGAUCUGUGAAAGUAUCCCUUGCAUGUAUUGAGUUGCAUGUGUGCUUUGGCUCGGGGUCUGUGGAGUUUUUAUUCCUCCCAAUGGAUGCAGCUUAUCAUUGCCAAACUAAGAUGAAAGCUUCUCGGGGCGUCGGACCGGAUUGGCAUCAACCCAAGCAUUUAUGUCUUUAUGUUGACACUUAACCUUUGCAGAGCACUAUCAGCGCGGUUAUUUAUUUAUUCUGGUCGAAUCAUUAGAUAGGAAAUGAAAAGCAACUGUAAAGCACAAAGCACACGUCACGUCCACCAUGCCCGGACCUUUCUCUGACACAAACAUAGGACCCAUGAGGACGCGGCAGAUGGGACCGGGAACGCAGAGGAAUUGGGCCACAACAUGGGAUCUGGUGCUGAUAAGCCUCAUCCAUGACAGAGGGGCACUUACAUGGGGAUACUUUCUCUCUUCUCUUGCUUUACCAGGCAGCACCGCACACUUCAACUCAUCUCUGUAUUUUUAUGGCUCCACUGUAUAGAAUGUAGCUUGUACAUAGCCUUUGAACUUUUUGUAUCCUUUUUGGCUUACCACUUAAUUCGACAUUUUUACUCGUUUUGCUCAUUUUGAAUAAUUUAAUUUUAAAGGUAUCUAUAUAUGUAUAUGAAUUUAUGAUAUUGUCCUUGUUUUGUAUCUUUGGUUGCAGUGGUGCUGCCUGGAAAACAAAAGAAGACAUUAGCAACAUGUUAUCGUCAUAUGGCCUUACAUACACAAAGCUAACCGUAUUGUGAUUCUGUUUGAACAAGAAACAAAGCUUUGAGGAAAAACUGUAGAAAAGAGAAAAAAACACACACAAAGUUUCUAUGACCAGCCACUUGUUCAACCUCUAGUAUCCUGAAGGUUUCAGAAUUAUUUUACUAGCACCUUGUGAAGUGUUUCCGUGUCAGUGAUGUAAUUUAUUAAUGUUUGUAGCUUUUUUAUACUUGUACAAUUCUUAAGAGGUUUGCUUUUGAAUAUGUCAUCAAAGUUGUGAAAUAACCCUUUAAUUUAGUUUUUCCAUGUUGGGAUGCGUGCGUGCGUGCGUGCGUGUUGAACACAUCACAUCAGACUCCACCUGUCGACCUCCGCCCUGUCCCAUUAAACGUGUGACACGUGUUCCUCCGGCUGCGUGCGUCACGUUUCGGUCAGGACAUUUGCUCCUCCGCUGUAGAGACAUCUCAUGUCCUCUCCGAAGGGACUUCUUUCUGUCAGGUUUUUAUUUGUACAGUACAUGUGUUGCUUUGUUGUGAUUUAUUUUUGUAUGUCUGACUCAUUAAAUGCAUCCGCUGUGCCCCAGCAGUGAAUCAUA